AUGGCGUCCUCCAAAACCCUUAUCCGCGCCGGAGCUUCGCUGAUGACCCGUUUCCUCAACCAAACAGCCGGCACCAACCCCAAUCAUAUCUUAUGUCAGAGACCCCAAUUGGUCGUCCCCCGGACAGUUUCGCCCUCUCUCUUCAUUCCUCAGUCUCACAAGGCGACGCCGUUGCAUCAAGACGACGUCGAACCGCUCAGAAAGCUGUCGUCCGAGGGCUUCUUCUACCCUUCAGGCCUUCCCUAUCUCCCCUUCUUCUUGCCCGAAGUAGAUGAGUCAUCAUCGAGCAUGCCUAUGCAUUUAUUUCCAAAGAGGACCUACCAACCAAGCAACAUCCGGCGCAAAAGAACUCAUGGAUUCUUUGCUAGAAAAGCUACAAAAGGAGGGCGAAGAGUGAUUGCAAGGAGAAUUGCAAAGGGUCGUUCUAGAAUCACGGCUUAA